GUUUUGUCUGUCGCAGUAGCAGUUUGUUAUUUAAAAUUUAUUUAGCAUUUUUGAUAUUCUAGAGGUUUGACUAUUUGUCAAGACUAUUUUUUGUACAUUCUUGGUAUUUAUGUAAUUUGUCGUGUACCAUUGUUAGUUGAUAGAUUUCGUCAGUAACAGAAGGUUGAAGCCAUGUCGAAGAUACGCAGAAUACGUCAGUACAGCAAAGAUGAUCUCCGGCUAGCUAUAGAAGCAAUUGAUGAGGGAUAUGUUACCUUAUAUCAAGCGGCCAAAAAAUUCAAUGUUCCUCGUACGACAUUAUCGAAUUAUAACGAAGAUCGAGAUAGGAAAGGGCAAAUGGGUCCAACGUUGACAUUUACAAAUGAAGAGGAACAACUUAUGGUUCGUUGGGCGAAAGAUAUGCAUCAUAAAGGUCUCACACUGCGUCGCUCCGAUCUUCUAGAGGCUGCCCAAUGGAUUUUGGAAACAUAUCCCCGAGAGAGGAAGCCUAAAGAUAAAGCUCCAAGCAAUAGCUGGUUGCGAGCUUUCGAGAGACGUCAUCAGAUAACUUCGUAUCUUCAAGUGGAAGCAGUUUCGAAUCAAAAGAGUUCUGAAAUGUCUUUACUGCAAUGUUACGAACACGUAUUUCAGAAUCUCGAAUAUUUGGAAGUGUUCAACAACCCUUCGCGUGUGUUUAAGUACAAUGAAGUUGAAUUUGGAUUAGGCUUGAAUCUGUUGAGUUUUUUUGAAGCAAAUGGCGAAAGUUCAAGUCGACCAGAUUUGGUCACAACUGCUCUUAUAACAUCAGCUAGCGGGCAGCUAGCUUUCCCAAUGGUUGUAUAUCCAUAUAGUGAGACAAUACCUUUCGAGUUAGUUGCUACUGUGCCAUUGUUCUACGGAUAUGGAAAUAGCGCAAGUGGAACUAUGACCAAACAGACAUUCUACAAUUUUAUUACGAAAACUUUUUACAAGUUUUUGGUGCUUAACAAGGUACAUUUUCCUGUUUUACUCUUCAUCGAUGGAACGAAACCAAAUGUCUCGUUGGAAAUGUGGCAAGCCUGCCAAAAGCUAGAAAUCAAUGUAGUUGCGUACAAUCCUAGCGAAAGUCUAAACAACAAGAAACACACUAUCAACAUAACGUGCUUAACAAAACAGGUAAAAAGAAGACUAAGUGAUGCAUUUUUUCGAUGGAAAGAAAUCAAUUCCGAUUGUAAUAUCUCGGAAAAACACUUCGCUGAGCUUCUUCAACCUGCCAUACAGCAUGGAAUCAGCCAAGAAUUAAUCAUAAGAGAUUGGGCCGCCUUCCCAUUUUACCAGUGGAUACUUCAGUGUAGCAUUCGAAUGGAGGAGAUUGAGUUUGUUUGUGCUGACCGGAAUGAAGAGAACGCUGAGCCAGUUCUAGCUUGCUGAACAAAGGUUGACUGUGUUAUUGGAUGAUCAUGUGAUUUCAAACUUACUAGAGUUUCUGCCUGUAGAAUUAGUUCUAAAGAACCGAACCAUUUAUAACUAAUUGAACAGCUAAUAAUUGCCGGAAGCAAGAAGUCCUGUCCAGUGUGUAAGAAGCCUCUAUACAGUUGCUAGUACUUGUAAAUUGAAGAACUUACAUUUUAUCAAACAAAACUUAAGAAACAAAUGGUACUACCGAUGAUUAAGAAAAGUACGUAAAAGUAACAAUGCAAAAUUAAUCUACUGCAAGUAGCUAGUGUAGAGCAGAAAUAUUGAUUGUUAACUUUAUUAUACACUUCGAUGGAUUGCCUUUUCGGGACCAUCCAUAAAUUACGUAAUGCAAAAAUUUCGUCAGUUGUCUGCCCCUGCCCCCAUGGAAAAAUUUCUUUAUCCCCCUGUCCCCCAGUACGUAACAAACUGUUCAACAAAAAAUUUCAGUAAAAGCCUUACGUUACCUAACGUUACAUCUGAUUCCUUUUCCCCCAUACUGCCGUUAUACGCAUAUUUGUCCCAUGUUCUAUGGGAAUCCCUAUAUACAUGGGACAAUUAUGCAUAUAACGGCAGCAUAGGUGAAAUACAACAUGUAACAUUCUCCCCUAAAAGUGUUACGUAAUUUACGAAUGGUGCCUAAGCACAUUCGCAUCUUGCAAUUGAUUGUUUGUAUUGAUUCUUUUCCUAACUUAGCUUAUAUUCAGUAAGCGCAAAUUAUUAGUGAUAACAGGUAUAUAAGUCUUCAUACUUUACUUGAUUUCGUUCCAUCUUUAACUUGGCUAAGACAUCAAAACAGUCUUAUCAGUAGCUAAUAUUACUCUCUGCGUAUUGUUUGACCAGGCGAUGAUGUUGAGCAAACUCACUCAUAUACUGGCAAGUUUUAGCAACCCAGUCAUUAAUGUUAAUUUUUUUCGACAUAAGUAUUAAUAAAAUUAGAUUCGUGCUCUAUUGUUAAAUAAAGAAGUGAGGUAGACCAUUCGUGCUAUGCAAAACUAA